GAAGAAAGAGGGAAAGGUGUAACAGUGACUCAAAAUGGCGAUGGAGGCGGAGCUGAGAUGCUGAAGCUACAAGUAAGCGGGAAGGCGAUCUUGUCCACUGUUCGCUGUCGGAGACAGGCAAGAGUAAGCGGGGAGGCGAUCUUUUCCUGUGUUCGUUGUCGGAGAGAGAUGUCGACUUCUUCUUCCUUCGUCUUUGGGCCUUACAAGAUCGAUCCGCGUGAAGUGUUUUACGCAACUCCUCUCUCGUACGCCAUGGUUAAUCUCCGACCCCUUCUUCCUGGUCAUGUUCUUGUCUGCCCGAGACGCCUUGUGCCGCGCUUUACUGAUCUCACAGCUGAUGAGACCAGUGACCUUUGGCUUACUGCUCAGAAGGUUGGCUCUCGGAUUGAGACCUUCCACAAUGCAACUUCUCUCACGUUAGCCAUCCAAGAUGGCCCUCAGGCGGGACAGAGUGUUCCUCAUGUGCACAUUCAUGUCUUGCCUCGUAAAGGUGGCGACUUUGAGAAGAAUGAUGAGAUCUAUGAUGCAAUUGAUGAGAAGGAGAAGGAACUUAAGCAGAAGCUUGAUCUUGACAAAGACCGUGUUGAUAGGACCAUCGAGGAGAUGGCUAACGAGGCUUCACAGUACCGGUCUCUUUUCGAUUGCUAGUUAUGAGCAAAAGCUAUCCAUUGGCUUCCAAGCCUUUUCAAUAAGACCAUUGUGACGAGCGACCCUCAAGUUGAGGUUGAUGUUAGAGACUUCAAUUCAAACUUGUAAUCUCUUUCUUAUGCCACCAAAACUGAGAAUCAUCGAAAUGUUUUAGUUCUGGGUGACAUUUAUUGUUAUUAUUAGAAUCAACUAUUUGUUUAUUUGAAGAACCAACAUGUAUGAAAUCUUGUUUCCACAACUUA